GUGUCUCUGUCUGUGUCUGUGUGUGUGUGUGUCUCUGUGUGUGUGUCUGUGUGUGUAUGUCUCAGGAGCAGCUGGAGCACGCUGAGGUCAGCACCGCUCUCAGGUAUCUGGGUCAGUACUACUUCAAGAACAAACUGUAUGACGAGGCAUCUCUCUGCGCUCAGCGCUGCUGCGAUUACAACGACGCGCGAGAGGAAGGCAAGGCUCUGCUGAGACAGAUCUCUGCGGUGCGAGAGCAAGGAGAGCCGUCGUCGACAGACCUGUCUUUACCCUGCGUCUUCAACCCGCUGUCUAACAACACCACACCCGUCAGGAGAGUGUCUCCACUCGACCUGUCCUCCGUCACACCCUGACACACAGAUGCGGAGAAAAACACGUUCUGUAAAUAACUGUAUAGACAACGGUGCCAAUAAACUGAUGAAACUUUGACAGUUGAGUGUUUUAUUACAUACGCACUCAUUUUAAGUUUCGAUUAUACAGUGGAAAGACAUUCAAAAGUGACAAACAUCGCCAACCACACUAACCUUCCCAAACUCGUGCAUGAG